AUGCGCGACUCACAGCGAACGAUUCACUCGCUUCCAAUGGCAGAAGAGAUCAAGGAUGUGGCUCAAUCGACGCUGCCUGAUGGACAUCGUGCUAUCCCCUCGUUUCAUGGUGGAAUGACCUACGAGAGCGCCGAAAAUGCUCAGUCCAAGAAAGUAACCGGACAAGGCCAAUGGAGCAGUUCACAACAAUCCAGACGGUCACAGCGGAUCCAGCAACCGACAGAACAAAAUACUUGGAAUAAUAACCAGCAGACGGUAUAUAAUACCAGCCAUCAGAUGGCCUAUAGCACCAAUAAUUCUUCAGCUGCAUAUUCCUUCGCACCAUACAACAACAUGAGCAACACGACGUUGAACCCAUACAUGGCAAAUACUGGAACGAUUCCUCAAAAUCCGAUCAACAACACAUCAAACUUCGGCUGGGGCGCCAUUUAUGCCACGUCUACUACUUCUCACCAAACACCCACAGCUCCUGUGAUGCAACCACUGUGGCUACAAAUGCAAUCUGCGCAACAAAUGAUGAUGCCUCAACCGACGAUAGGAGGGUUCGGUAGUGGCCAAUCGUUUUUCACCAAUUCGAAUGGCAUGCACCGGCAGCAGAUACGUCAUAUGUCUACUGAAACCUCGCCCGCGAAGGGGAGAUACGAAUACAUAAGUGGACUUCGAAGGAAAAUGUACCACUGUCUCCCUGCCAAGUACAAGACCGAUGAAUUUCUCGAGCCAGUUCAACGGCCACUGCCUAUCGAAGACUCGGAUUUAGAGUCGGUCCAUCCGAUAACCCAGAUCAGGAGAGAUGUAUGGCUCGCCGUUCCUGAAAGAUACAAAACGGAUGAACUUCAGAGGCUGUUCAAUUCGGCACGACUUAAUUCGUCUCAAGACGGAAACUCAGUCAAGUCUACAUCACUUCAGAAAGAAACCCACAGGCUCCUGUAUCUCGUACGUGCAGCGCGUAUAAGAGAAUGUGAAAAUUUACCAAAGGAGGAGAAAUAUCGGCCAACCCAUCCAGAAUCUAAUAGUCUAGAAACGAUGGAGAAACGUCAGUACGUUCGUGCCACAAGUCAACCGCCGGUGCCUCUCCCUUCAAUACUCGGUGCCGCCAAUUCGAGAAACGAAGGCUCAUCAGCAUCGGGGAAUAUAAAAUAUGUCCAUACCAAAGUCGAACCACCAAUGACCCCCUUGCCCUUGAAGUCAUACUUGGAGCAAGCAGCCAAAGAACCGAUAGACUUGCAGUUCACGCAACCGCUUCUCGUCAUUCUAGAUCUGAACGGAACACUUUUGUACCGCAGGCGCAAAGUUUUCCCACCAAAAUUCACCCGACGACCAGCACUCAACUACUUUCUCGAACGACUUACGACUCGACAUGAGGUUAUGGUAUGGUCAAGUUCUCGACCAGAUACCGUGGAUGCGAUCUGCAACGAAAUUUUUUCCACGGGUCAGAAAGAAAAACUAGUAGCAAGAUGGAGUAGGGACCAUCUUGACCUGAACAAAGAGCAAUUCAACAGCAAAGUCCAGGUCUACAAAGUACUUGAAAAGGUAUGGGCCGAUAAAGACAUCCAGGCGAAAUUCCCAACCAAAAAAGACCUAUCUGGGAAAGCAGCGUUCAACGCAAUCCGCUACACACCCGGUCUCGACAAAGAGACCGAAAUGACAGGCUUCCUGAAUAAACGCUGGGACCAAUCAAACACCGUCUUAAUUGACGAUAGCACCCUCAAAGCCGCCGCAAAUCCGUAUAACAUCAUCCAAGUCCCCGAAUUCACAAACGUGCCUAACGAGAACGACACCACGGUCCUGAAAGAACUACUCCUCAAGAUCCGUGUACUCGCAAAAUCGAACGACGUCAGCCGUCGUCUCCGCUCCCUAGGGUCAGAGGGCAUCCAAAUCCGUCGCGAAGAGGUAUUAGCAUCCGUCUCUGAAUCGGAGUCAGAAGCUCAGCAUAUCAAGCAGCAAGAAAAGAUAGAUGAAGGAAAUGGCGAGAAAGUCGUGGGAUCGACUGAAGUCUUUGAAACAGACAACAAAAUUGUGCCCAUUUCGUUACCUCCUCAACCGACGUCUGGAUCUGGAUCUAAAAGGGCGAGAGCCAAAGCGGAGAAGGCGGCACGGAAGGCGAAGAAGAAGCAGGUGAAGAAGCAGGCCUUGCCUGAUGCGUCGAGGGAGGUAGAGGGUGGACCUUCAACACUUUAG